CAUAGGCUCUGCACGGGAGAUCAAUAGAUGGAAGGAACACACUCAGCAGAGAAGGAGAGUGGAAAAUGCAGGUCCAGAAGGUGGUGAUAGAAUAGCUCUCCCCUGAUUGAGUAAAGGAAGACGCAGGAACAGACAGAAAGAGAAACUGUCGGAGGAAAAAAAGGGAGGAGACCAGGAGAAAAUGAGUGGGAAAUAGAGAUAACUCACUUAGCAAACAAGGCAGCACUGCUGAUAAGAAGCUCAUCUCUCGCCACCACAACAACCCAGGAUUCGUCCAUUGCUACCUUUGGAUCACCCUGAAGAUGAUGGCAUCUAGUGUACCAGUAAUUUUGUCUCUCACCUCUUCUACUGAGUCACCUAACAAUGCCAGUUCCUAUCCAUCUAAGAAUUUGGUGAUGUCCUGCCUCACCAUGAUAUUUGGAGCCAUCUCCAACCUCACCGCUCUGGGAAUCCUGGCUCAGUCCCGUGCAAGAUUCCGCCGCCAAUCAAGAAAGUCAUUUUUACUUCUAACAGUGGCUUUGCUUUUGGCUGACCUCUUAGGUCAUGUGAUUUUGGGUGCGUUUGCGAUGCAUGUGCACCUAAAUUGGAAAUCUGAAAUCUCAGAACAUCAGAAAAGCUUCUGUAAUGUAUUCGGAGCAAGUAUGGUGUUUUUUGGCUUAUGUUCAUUGUUGCUUGGUUGUGCAAUGGCAGUGGAACGCUGUGUGGCUAUCACCCAUCCAUUUUUCCAUGUUUCCAGGAUCACAAUUGCUCAUGCUCAGUCAGCGGUGCUAUUUUUGUCCUCCUCUGCACUAGUGCUGGCUGUAUUACCCUUUUUUUCAGUGGGAAACUAUACUAUCCAAGAACCCAAGACGUGGUGUUUUUUGCCUAUUAAUAACUUUUAUGUACCUGCUGACAAAACCCUAGCUCUGGUCUUCUCUUCUCUGGGUCUCUUUGCUUUAUUUUUUUCCGUGCUCUGCAACAUCGUGAGUGGCCUGGCACUGCUGCACGCAAGAAUUAAGUCGAGAAAUGGAAAUAUGACACCUUCGGCUAGCAGUGGUCGUCGUGCAUCAUCAACAUCGACUGCCUCCUUGUUUCGCACGUUGGAUGUAGAGAUGUUGGUGCAACUCACAGCAGUCACUGUGGUGUCGUUUGUCUGCUGGGGUCCCUUUCUGAUCCACGUGUUCGUGAAGCAGUUUCAGUGGGUUCCCCAUAACACAAAAGAUCCAUUUACUCUUGUUAGUUUGCGCAUGGCUGUCUGGAAUCAGAUUCUAGACCCCUGGGUUUAUAUCUUAUUUCGCAAGACAGUGCUGUCAAGACUUUGCUGUGGUCGGUAUUCUCAAGAGAUAAUGAUACCCAGCCACUCCUUCUCAGAGAGCCGCAGAGAUACCUUUAGUCUGCACUGACCCUGGCCCCUGACCCCUUUCAUUUUGGACUGGCAUCUUAAGUUAUCUGCUUUUCACCCUGAGUCAGUAUUAUU